AUGUAUCAACAAUCCAUGGGUUUUGUAUCGCUAGUUUGCGCUGAGCACCACUGUCCUCGAAUUUUGUAUAUUGGUGAUAUGGGCAGAGCGAGUGAGUCGAGAGACUUCGGCGCGCACUACGUCACUUCCCGGCUGUGCGGUUGUAAUUUGAUAGCCGGAGCAUCCAGUGCCGAUGAUGAUAACGAGAUGGUCGUGCUUAGUGAGGCAACUUCCCAAGUAAACUGUGACGCAGUACAUUUCCGAGAACAGAGGUCAGUUAUGCAUUCUCCAGCAGUUUCCAGAUCUCGAGUGCAUGAAUUCUAUUUUGCUGUGGCGCAACCAGAAACAGCGCACAUCGCUUACCAUCAGAUAUUUACUCAACUGAUGCAGCUGGUGGAUGCUGAUGGCUGCCAUCAGGGAAUGCGGGAAUAA